AUGUCUCUCAAAAUUAUCCCCCCCUCUGGUUUUUUCACAAAUCGCACCCUGCAUUUAUUCGUAUGUACCUUUCUGGCAAGCCACACCUUGUCAACAUAGGCUGCUGGAAGGAAGGCUGCACUGCUCAACGUCGCAAAAAAAAGGCAAUACAUGAUGAUGGAAGCUAUUGUUUAGGUGACCUGCAUGAGGGCAACAAAAGGUGUGUAACACUCGGGCAGAGCUCAGCUAAACCAUGCACAUUUCAAUCCCCUCCAUCCUCGUGUCUCUCGGGGUGAAGUGUCUCCUGAACUGGGUGAUGGUGGUCUCCCAGAAAAAGGGGAACAUCUGCCGAGGCUUCAUGGGGGUCUUCGGCGUGUCCCUGGCGCUGGUCGACACCGUUCUGACCCUGUCCCUGACCGCCCUCCACUUCCAGGCUGACGGAGUUCUCUUGGGCGUGCGUCUCACCAGGCAUCACGUGUGCCUGCUGUCUCAACUCGCCGGACAGAUCUACGGCGUGUUGCAGUGGCCCGUGGUGGUCCUGGGCUUCCUGGAUUGUUAUGUGACGUUGAGUGGCCAGGGGACAUCCACCACCACCACCACCAUCACCGCCAGGCUCCACAGGGCGGCCCCUGUACCUGCAAGCACACUGCUGUGGUGCUCAGCCCUGAUUUACCUGUUUUUGCUGUCAGAUUUCUACCCGGCGUUGGGCGAAGAACACCCAUACCAACUGCUCCGAUGCUGGGUCUUCCUGUCGUCCCAGGUCCUUCAUGUCGGCACGGUGAUCGUCCUGGCGGUUGCCUGUGUGCUGGCAUACUUGCACAAAGAGCACAGGAGGAUUGUCAGACACUUUAAACCUCGGCUGCCGUCGCCCGGAGAGCCUCUGACGGAGAGGGACCGCGGAGCUCUGUCCAGGAGGGAUGUUGUUCAGCAAGCCUUGACGACACUUCUUGACACGUGGACUUGGUUCCUGGUGGGGCUGGCGGCUCUUUUGCUGCUGCUGCCGGUUGGAAUACCGGGGUACCUGAGUCUGAAUGUACCCUGGCUCUGUUUCCUGAACAGUGUUUUGACAGCAGUGGUUCUAAGCGCAAGCUGUCCAGCCUCCAGGCUAACACGAGGCCUGGCCGCAUUUCCGCUGGACAGCUUCUGUGACUGGAGACUUGGUUUUGCUACGGGGACAAAUGGAACAUAGCGACCAUGCAGCAUCACAAAGGGGAAGCACAGACCGGCAAACCUCAAAGCUGCAUAGAAGGCAGCAAAGGGGGGGGUGGGAACUGACACACCUAAUAAAAGUGUUAAUGGUCUUAUGGACACAUAACAUUUUUUAGAUGAUAUGUUACUCUUGCUUUUGUAUUUUUCCUUGACUACAGGAAUGUACCUUUUGGCUUUAUACUAUUUUGGUCGAGUCAAAGUGCCUUAUAAGGACAUUCAGAGGGAGACAUAGCUGAAGGCCGGAUGUGGUUGUUGCAUCAGACUGUUGACUGGAAACUUGAUAUUUCUCUCUCGCUCUAUAUAUAUAUAUAUUUGUUCUAUAUGACAUAUAUAUAUAUAUAUAUAUAUAG